CUCACCUUAUUGAUCAGGUCGACUUGGCUUGAGCUAACCACCCUCCAAAGACGAUCGCUUACCAUAGUCUUUUGCAAAAUCCACGCGGGCUCUAAUCUUUAUCCCUCCUACUUGCUUAACCGCUUACAGCCCGCCUCCUGCUUGCUUAAGCAGGUAGAGGCAUCCGAUAAUGGCCACGCAAUCACGUCCCAAAUGCCCUCGUCCACGUACGCAUCGAUAUUGGCCCUGCUUGCUUCACCUUUAAUGAUCCUGCUUUGCUUAAGCAGGUAACUGACGUAGUAGAGAGGCAUCCAAUGCACGCAAUUCGUCCGAAACACACCGAUAAUGGUCCUGCUUGCUUGACUUAAUGACCCUGCUUGCUUAAGGAGGUAGCUGACGUAGUAGAGAGGCCCAACACUCAUCCUGCCAUUAUCCUAGAAAUUGUAGUACCGCGCACCAGACUGCUCUCCUAGCACCGGUUCAGAGAUUUGAUACUUCCCGAGAGCAAGUCUUCCAUCGCCACCAUACCAACGACGAAACGAGCUUGGUUAAGCAAGCACCUCUCAUAGUAGAGGGGAUGAUGAUGCUCUUUGCCUUUGGGCGCCGCUUUUGCUGCCAUUUCGCAAGAGCCUUUCGGUGGAGAAAAGGGCUGCGCCACCAGGCUGCUCUCGUAGCACCGGUUCGCAGAUUUGAUACUUCCCGAGAGCAAGUCUUCCAUCGCCACAUACCAACGAUGAGACGACAAGCACCUCUCAUAGUAGAGGGGAUGAUGAUGCUCUCUGCCUUUGGGCGCCACUUUAGUUUUGGUGGAGAAAAGGGCUGCGAGGGUUUAUUUUGUUUGGGAGUUGCCGAGUAGGGUAAGGCUCUAGGGUUUUAAUUAGUCCAAGAGUACUUGUGGAAAUUCACACCUGCGAGUGAGUUUAAUCUGAAACUCAAUUAAUAUCUGUAACUUGAUCCAGCGAUGAUACGGCGGAACUUGAUCCAGGGGUAUAAUAGUCAUUUUGACUUUUAGGAAGAGUGGGGUGUAACACAUUCCAUCGCGUGUUGCGGGCAAUUCUAAGGCUGAAUAAGAUGCUCAUGAAGAAGCCCGAACCAAUUCCAGCUGACUUAACCAACAAUAGGUGGAAAUACUUUAAGAGUUGCUUAGGAGCACUUGAUGGCACUCACAUUGAUGCCAAUCCACUAAAGGAAGAACAAACAAAGUAUCGAGAUAGGAGUGGAGAUCUGACAAUAAAUUGUCUGGAAGUGUGCACACUGAACUUGGAGUUCAUUUACUACCUCGCUGGUUGGGAAGGAUCUGCACAUGAUGCACGUGUGUUAAGGGAUGCUUUGAAUAGGCCAAAUGGACUUUUUGUGCCUCAAGGAUGUUACUAUUUAUGUGAUCAUGGUUAUGGCAACAUUCCUGGGUUCUUGACCCCCAUCCGGGGCCAAGAUACCAUGUUGAUGGACAACAACGUCUUCCUUUAACCGCUGAGGCAUACUACAAUUGGAGGCAUGCACAAGCUAGGAACGUUAUUGAACGAAUUCUUGGCAUCAUGAAGAUGAGAUUGGCGAUUCUUAGAGAUGGAACUUGGUUUUCUAUACCGGUUGUCGCACAGAUCAUUGUAGCCUGCUGUUUGCUCCAUAAUUACAUUAAAAGGGAACAUGGUGCUGACAUUUAUGAAAGAACUUACCGAGAUCAAGCAACUUUGGAACCUGAAGUUGUUGAAGUUGAACAUGCUGGUAUUUUUGGAACCGACCGAAUGAAGCAUGGAAUCAGUU